AUGGUACCGUCCGAGGAGGGGGGAACGGGGAUUCUGAAGUCCUUUGGGUUCUGGUCUAGCACAGAGCUACCCCUCGAGCCGUGGCGUUGUGGUACCGCCCGCUGCCCUCUGAUUGGCUGCCGAAGCCCCGCAUUCUGGGCCAGCUCGCCGCGCAGCCCUCAGUACGGCUCCGGCCGCAGCGCCGCUUGGCUCUGGUAUUCCUUGUUCUCGGCGGGUUGUGGGGGCUCUGCGCCGCGGCCGUUAGUCAUGUCGGAUUCUGGAAGUUACGGUCAGUCUGGGGGUGAGCAGCAAAGUUAUUCUUCCUACGGAAAUCAAGGCAACCAAGGUUAUGGACAAGCACCACAAAGCUAUUCUGGCUAUGGGCAAACUACUGAUUCUUCAUAUGGGCAGAACUAUGGUGGCUACUCCAGUUACGGACAAAGCCAAUCAGGUUAUUCACAGUCCUAUGGUGGUUAUGAGAAUCAAAAGCAGAGCUCAUAUGGCCAGCCAUCUUAUAAUAACCAGGCACAGCAAAACAUGGACUCAUCAGGAGGCCAAGGUGGAAGAGCGCCUUCAUAUGACCAGUCAGACUAUGGUCAACAAGAUUCAUAUGACCAGCAGUCAGGCUAUGAUCAACAUCACGGCUCUUAUGCCGAGCAGUCAAAUUACGAUCAGCAGCAUGAUUCCUAUAAUCAAAACCAGCAAUCCUACCAUUCACAAAGGGAAAAUUACAGCCACCACACACAAGAUGACCGUCGUGAUGUGAGUAGGUAUGGAGAAGAUAAUAGAGGAUAUGGCGGGUCACAGGGAGGAGGUAGAGGGCGUGGGGGCUAUGACAAGGAUGGAAGAGGUCCUAUGACAGUAUCAAGUGGUGGUGACCGCGGUGGCUUCAAAAAUUUUGGUGGUCACAGGGAUUAUGGACCCAGACCAGAUGCUGAUUCAGAAUCUGAUAAUUCAGAUAACAACACAAUCUUUGUACAAGGACUUGGGGAGGGUGUGUCUACAGAUCAAGUGGGGGAGUUCUUUAAACAAAUAGGAAUUAUCAAGACAAAUAAGAAGACUGGAAAACCAAUGAUAAAUCUGUACACAGACAAGGACACAGGAAAGCCAAAAGGGGAGGCAACAGUAUCAUUUGAUGACCCUCCUUCAGCUAAGGCAGCCAUUGACUGGUUUGAUGGAAAAGAAUUCCAUGGCAACAUCAUUAAAGUGUCCUUUGCCACCAGAAGACCUGAAUUCAUGAGAGGAGGUGGAAGUGGAGGUGGGCGACGAGGCCGUGGAGGAUAUAGAGGCCGUGGAGGCUUUCAAGGGAGAGGUGGAGACCCCAAAAGUGGGGACUGGGUUUGCCCUAAUCCGUCAUGUGGAAAUAUGAACUUUGCUCGAAGGAAUUCUUGCAAUCAGUGCAAUGAGCCCAGACCAGAGGACUCUCGUCCCUCAGGAGGAGAUUUCCGGGGAAGAGGCUACGGUGGAGAGAGGGGCUACAGAGGUCGUGGGGGCAGAGGUGGAGACCGAGGCGGCUAUGGUGGAGACCGAAGUGGGGGGGGUGGCUAUGGAGGGGACAGAAGUGGGGGUGGUUAUGGAGGGGACCGAGGAGGUGGCUAUGGGGGGGAUCGUGGUGGUGGCUAUGGAGGAGACCGAGGCGGCGGCUAUGGAGGAGAGCGAAGUGGUGGGGGCUACGGAGGAGACCGUGGUGGUGGUGGCUACAGUGGGGACCGAAGUGGAGGCUACGGAGGAGACAGGAGUGGCGGUGGCUACGGAGGAGACCGAGGUGGCUAUGGAGGCAAAAUGGGAGGAAGAAACGACUACAGAAAUGAUCAGCGCAACCGACCAUACUGAUGACUGUUUUGAAUGUUCCUUUGUCUCUGACAUGAUCCAUAGUGAAAUUGCCAGAGUUUUGCCUGCUGCUUUCCUCGUGGCCUCUUCUUGCAUAGUGAAAUUAAGUGACAUUUGGAUUUUUAUUUGGGUGGGAGGGCUGGGACAGUUUUUCUUUUAGAAAUGUCCAUUGAAAUAUCCCCCCUUAGUUUCCAACCUUCUCCUUCCCAACCCUUGAAGCUAAGUGCGUUGUAAAAUAUUGCCAAAAUGGAAAGUGUUUUGUAAUACUGCAAUAAAGGAUGCUUGUUUUGUGGACUUUCGUACAUUAGUGCAUUGUUCUGUCACAGGAUGCAGUUACAGCAGAUUCGAACUCUAAAGAAUUAGGAAAUGAAUUCUACUUCAUGAAAUUAAAAUGUUACUUCCAACCAUAUUUAUUGAGUUCCUAUUCCGUUUAGAAUAGUAAUUUCCAAGCAUGACUGCAUGUCAGAACCACCAGAGGAGGUUGUCAAUUUCCAGAUUCCUAGGCCUCACCCCAGGUCUACUGUAUCAGAAAUUGGUGGGAUGUGGGGAGGUAGAGCUGGGAAUCUUAAUUUAUCUUAAGAUCACUAGGUGGUUUUGAUAAAAACCAGGUUUACAGCUGAGAACCAUUUAUUUAGGGCAGUGUUCUAGACGCUGGGAAUAUGGGGGUCCAAGGGCUAGGAAGGAAGAGUAAGGGUUUGACAAACCAGGGUUAAGAUACCAACGUAUAUAACGUGUUAUUUGAUAUUCUUUAAAAAACUUUUUCCUACCCUUACCAAGGGUGAGGCACUGCAUCAGAUGCUGGAUGUAUUGCUCAUCAAGCAAACAGACAAUAUAUAGUCUGAUAAGGGUUCCAGUAAGAAUAGUACAAGGUGCUUUGAGGGCUGGUUGGAAGGAUACUUAAUGCAGUCAUGUGGGAUUGGGAAAGCUUGGUGAGCCUUGAGGGAAGAGUAGGAAUUGGCUAAGUAAAGAGGCUGGGGUGAGGAAUUGGUGUUCCCUGCAGAAAACCGACAUGAACAAAUAUUAAUGAAUCAGGAGUUAAAAGAACGAGGAACAGGCUGUGCACUUGAGAAUUGUAUGUAGUGCAUUGUGAUUGGUUGAAGAAGUUUAAGAAUGGGCAUGCAAAAGAUAAGACUGGAGAGGUGCGCCAGCUUUACGAUAAGGUCCUUGCAUUUCAUUUUCCCCCUCCCUCCAUAUGGGGAGUCAUUAAAAGAUUUUAAGCAGGGGAAUGGCCUGACCUGACUGGCAUCAACUGAAAGAUAAUUAUGGCUGCCUUAUAGAGAGGCUGGACUGGAGACAAAAUGGUCCACCAGGUGAGAGAUGAUACAGGUCUGAGCUCAGAUAGUGACUGGAUGAGGAGGAGAUAAUAGAUUUGAGAAGUGAAGGGGGAAAUUUGAUGGGAUUUGGCUGGAUGUCAGAAGUAGUGGGGAGAAAAGAGUCAGGUUUCUGGCCUGGGCAGUUGGGUAGAUGUGCUGUUCAUUGAAAUAGGAAACACUGGUAAAGGAAACAGGUUUGGGAGUAAGAUGAGGGGAAUGAAUUCAGUUGUGGGUAAGCAGAAUUUGGGGCACCUGUGAAUGUCCCUUCCAAGUAGGGCCAUUCAGUCAAUAGCUGGGUGUGCAAAUCCACAGCUCAGAGAAGAGCAGCACUCAACAUUACAUGCCACCGAUCUUCCUUACUGACUUCUGUCUCCUUUGCUAGCUUUACUUGCCCUUUACGUGUUAGAAGUUUCUCAGUUUGUUCUGAUCCCUUCUUUUCUAUUUAUACUCACUUUUAUCCUGGGUUUUAUAUGGUGUUGACUACACCAAAUUUAUGUCUCCAGGCUGUCUUCCCUUAACUCUGGAUUAUAUCCAGCUGCCUACUUGACUUUUCCACUAGGAUGUAUUUAACAUAACUUUUUUUUUUUUUUUUUUGGUGACUCCGCUGGGACUGAACAGAACUUUUGAUCUCCAAAUCAGUUUCUUUCUUCCUAGUGUUCCUCAUCUCAGUCUUAAUCUACCCAAAUCAGAUCAGAUAAAAAACUUAGAACUUACAUUUGAUUUCUCUUUCAUCCCAUACUUGCAGGUCCUUUUAAUUCUACCACCAAAAUAUAUCCUGAAACCAUCUUUAUAUUCUUAGUUCCGAUCCUGGUACAAGCUACAGUCAUCACUUUUCUGGAUAACUGCAAUAGCCCAUUCAUAGGUCCCCCACAAUCUUGCCCCUCUAAAAUCUAUUCUUCACACAGCAGCUAAACAAUAUGGUAAUGAUGUAAAUCAACCUAUAUGUCAUGCCUCUUUAAAACCCUUUCAGUGACCUCCCAUUGUAUGUUGGCUAUAAAUUCCUUACCUUGGCUUACCAAGCCCUGUGUGAUCUGGCCUUUGUCUCCACAACCUCAUAGGAGAACAUUUUUCCAUACUAGCCUUACCUCAACCACAUUGGUCCUAGUCUUGAUGGUACAAAACAUGCUUCUGUUUUAGUAUCUUUGCAUGUGCUAUGUCCAGGAUUCUCUUUCUUCAUAUUCACAUGGUUGACUCCUUUUCAUAACAAUGUUGGGUCAAAUCCCACCCUCCCUCCCAGCUGUUUGCUGACCUUCGUAUCUAAAAUACUUCUUCUCCCAGCACACUCACAUCACCUUUUAUAAUGUCCUCACAGUACUUAUCACUG